AACCUUUGACCCGUAAUCAGCUGGUUGCUACAGUGUUGCAGACAGCAGCAGUGGAUGUUGCAAUUUUGAGCUGGAAUCCAGAGUUUAUCUUCACAAUCCUCGACUGUCAAACUAUCUGGGGAAUUUUAUGAGUUGCAGCGAUACUGUAAGUGUUCAAUGACUGACGCGUGUGUUGUGUACGAGAGAAAAUUCAAAGGAUGACGACUUCGUCAUUUCGCUCGGUGUUCGAGGACAUCACGGCUCACCACGCCAACAUCGGUCCUGAGUCUGCGGAUGAGGAGAAUAAUGUGAGCCUGCAGAUGUGGCAGCUGCUGGGAGCCAACAGUCCCGCCCACAGCGGCAAGACUCCACUGCCGGAGAAAUAUCUCGUGCACCGGGACCAUCUGAGGCCCUGUGCAAGGCUCGGCAGUGAGAACGUGUUCAUGGAACCCUCUCCCAUGGUCAACAGGGCUUCCAAUCGGGAAAAGCUGUGCAGUUCCUGCAUGGCCGACGCCACCUUCCAGCUGAUGGAGGAACUGCCGCUCUUCAGCCUGUCUGACGGAUUCUGCACCCCGGAUAACAUACAGGACAGCCUGGUACAGCUGGACCAGGAACUGUGCCUACUGGGGUACCCCUCCAUCCACAACAAGUCUAGGGCCAAGUCAGGAAGGUCCUUCAACCUGGUACAGCUCGUCAACGUUACCUACGAUCUCAUCGCCGGACACCACAAGCACCUGAACAAGCAGCGGGAACUGGAGGAUCAGAGUCACAAGUACUCAGCUGAGAUCAGGCACCUCGAGAACACCCAGCAGCACUUGAAAGACCAGAUCACGUCGUCAGAGCAGGACCAGGCGAUCCGGCAGGAGAGACAUCGGCAGCUCCAGUCCGACCUCGUCGACCAGGAGAAGAAAACCAAGAAGCUUCAGGAUGAGGUGAGGAAGCUGAAGUCGGUCCUCCAGUCCCGCGACACGCAGUUCCGCCACGACCUCCGCAAGAAGGAGCGAGAGAUGGCGCGGGUGAAGGACAGGCUUCACGCGCUUGCGGAGAAGAAGAAGGAGAGAAGGCAGGGGAUCGAGAUCCUCAACGUCGUCCCUCGGGGAGACGGAGGUCGGAAGACGUGGAAGACAAGCAAAGAGGAGAAGAAGAGCCAGGAGGAGCUUCACCGGUCCAUCGUGGCAAACUACGAAGAACGAGAAAAAGAGCUGAGGACUGAAAACCAGGAGUUGAGGGAGACGCUGACUUUCCUGCAGCAGGAGGUUUCCACGGUGUUCUCGGCCGUGGUGAGACAAGACAGGGAGCACAAUCCGAUGUCCCCGGACAGUCUUGAUCACGACGACUUAGGCGACGGCCAUCUACAGAUGCCUUAUGAGGUGGUGCAGAACAUCGUCGAGGGAAAGCUGAAAGACCAGCUCCACUCCAUGCUCCAUCUGAUCGGCGGCCAAACUUCUCACCAAGGCAGCAACGAGAGGAACUGUGCCUCAGACGAGGCCAAACUGAACGAUCUGAACGCCGGGCAGAGGGCCGCGAAGGCUGCUGCGGAUGUGGAGUCCAGGAGCUCCAACGGAGAGGACGAAGAGAGCGACGACGGGUGCUCGUCUGCGAGUCUUGACGUAGAAGCCCGGCUGGAGGCGUACAAGACCCUGAUCAUGAAGCAGGAGGAGCUGCUGCAGCAGACCUUCGCCGCGGCAGACUGCGAGCAGGACACGCAGGUGGCUGCGCUGGUGAAGGACGCUCUGUUCAUCGAGGAGAAGAUGGCCCUGGAGCGGGAGAGGAGGGAGAUGGAGGAGGAGAAGGCCACCUUUGCCGAGGAGAGGAAACGGUUUACGGACGCUGCAAUCCGCCUGGGCAGGGACAGGCAGAAGUUUGAGGAGGAGCGGACCCACUUCCUGAAGUACCAGUACCUGAACAUCACUCCUCCAAAGGCAACAACAAUGUCAUCACACAGUCAUUCCGUCUCCAUGGUUACCGCAUCCGGGCAGAGCAUGAUGUCGUCGCACCCUGGGACACCGUCACGUCAUACGGUUACAUCAUCAGUCUCUGGAGCGACAUCGUCGUAUCCAAUGACAUCAUCAGUUCCUGUGGUGAUGUCAUCGCAUCCGAUGACAUCAUCAGUUUCUGCGCUGACGUCAUCGCACCCGAUGACAUCAUCAGUUCCUGCGGUGACAUCAUCACACCCCAUGACACCGUCCCGUUCAGUGACCUCAGGUUUUGACAAGUCAGUAGUGUCAUCCCCAUCUCACACAAGAGCAGCCUGUAGUAGAGUGCAUGUUCCUGCUGUUACGUCUGCCUCCAUGCUUGCCGUGUCGUCUGUGGCGGCAGGUCGGCUGUCGGUGUCCCCGGGGACGGCAGAGUUCUACCGGGUUCUGGACCAGUUUCCCAGCCCGACGCGAGGCAACGUCAGCUCCUCGGCGAACUACAGCAGCUGUACUGUCACUCCGGCUAAGGCUGCUGCAGCUCAGUCUGUCCCUCCAACUCCCAGCACUGGAGAUCUCUACAGGGUUCUGGACCAGCUGCCCAGCCCCCUCCACAACCGGCUGAGCUUCGAGCAGCACGCAGGCGGUCCCAGCUGGCUGUACAAGAACCAGUCCCCCCCUGCCCCUGCCAUGGCCCCCCCUCAGGGCCGGCACAGCAUGCUGUGUAAGGUUCAGACACCCCAGCCUGUCGCCCUGCGCGGGACACUCUUCGACCCUCGGAGGCGCAGGACAUGGGCUUCACCACAAUGCUUCAGGGGCGUGCAGGCAUCGCUUUUCCAGUAGACUUGUAUUGUGUGUACGAUGUAAAUGCAGUUGUAAUCAUAUGCAGUUGCUGAGCAGUUCGCAUUGUAAGUUUUUUUGUAUUUAUGAAUUGAUAUACUAUGAUAUCUGCUUGAAUGUUUGAUUGUACAA